AUGGCCGCCGGCGAAGGCGUGCGUUGCCGCGCAGCGCGUGCUUGCAAGAGGUGUCAUGUUAAGAGAAUCAAGUGCGACGCCAUUGAGGGCGGCAUGCCCUGCACCGGAUGUCAACAGGCCGAGAAUAGUGAAUGCAGCUUGAUGCCAUCGAACAGAGGUACCUACAUUCGAGCAGCAUCCCGACGGGCGAGGCAUCAACAAGCGGAAAGGGUGCGUUCUUCCAUUCUUCGCAGUACGGCUGUGCCUCGCGAUACAGAUUACCAACGAUUUGUCGCGGCCGAAGCAACGACCGAAGAACAGUAUGCAGACCACCAACCUUCACGGAAUCCCGACCCAAUGGCAGGGACUAUGGUAUCGAGAGGAAUCAAUCGUGGUGGCAGAGGUCUCAACUCUGUCGCAUCGCCACUGGACCGCCGUGCCACCUCACCCGCAUCUGGUGCCGAUGACACCAACUCUCCAGUAUUGGACCUCGCGACGACAGGUCCGGAGUCAUCUCAUCGGGAACCUUCCUGGACUACGAUGUUUGACGGGCUCUUUGACAAUCUUUCGCAUAACCAGAAGGCCGCUCUCGACAAAUGCUCCAUCACCUAUCUAGGCGAGUCAUUUCCAUUGGGCAUGGUUCUUGAAGAGGUGAAUGAAGGCGGAAGAACGCGCCUCCAUCAUCCCGGACCACCUGUUUCCGAGCCCUCGGUGGUAGAAGAGCCAUCGGGGCAGCGACAUCCCUCGCAUAUGCAGCCAGAAGAUAUCGCGUACCUCAAAGCAAAGGGUGCAUUCACAUUCCCUGAUGCUGACAAGCUCGAUGCAUUGGUAACGACGUACUUGGGACGAGUGUAUCCUCUGUAUCCAAUAGUCAAUCGACAAGAAUUUAUUCGACAGUAUGAGGCCGAUGAGGUCCCGGCCAUGCUAUUGCAUGCUGUCUGCUCAAUAGCUGCGACAUUUUGCGACCUCGCCCUCAUCCACCGUGCCGGAUUUAGUUCGCGGCUUGACGCGAGGUUAGCAUCCUACCGCAAAGCCAAAGCGCUUUUUGAAGUUGGGUACGAGACCGACAAGAUUGUGCAGCUGCAGAGUGCUGUCUACAUGACAUUUUGGGGCGGAGGGCCGACCAACCAUUGGAACUAUUUCAGCUGGAUCGGCACGGCCGUGACGAUCGCAGAGUCUCUUGGGAUUCAUCGGUCGAUGGCCAAUGCUGAUAUGGAUGUUUCUGACAGGAGUCUAUUGAAGAGGCUAUGGUGGACUCUCGUCAACAGGGACGCUCACUGUCAAAGCCUGGUUGGGCGCCCGUUUCGAAUCAACCAAGAACAGGUGGACAUAGAGCCCUUGGUGCCGGAGGAUUUUGAGGAAGAUAUGCGGAGUCCCGAGUUCAAAUCGCAUCCAUUACGAACCGCGUUCGCUCUCUACCAGAUCCACAUGUCACGAUUAUCGCUCAUCCUCAAAGAUAUUGUGAACGCUCGAUUUAGACCCGGUAGACUGCAGUCGAGAGCUGCCGUUCUGUACGACAAGUUGCUGCGCUGGCGCCAUGAGUUGCCUGGGGAGCUUCAGUGGGUGGAUGGUGAUGCAAACCUAGACGUCUUUGUGUUAUGCCUCUGCACAUCUUACAACCACCAUUUGAUACUCCUCCACCAAGACCAACCGCCCAUGGGUGGUUUGGCGUCUACUACCCAGGAAAAUUCCUUAUUGAAAAGGUCAAUUCCUUCGCCCGGGAUCGCAGCCAGGAAUAUUACUUGCCUCGUGUACACGAUAUACGCCAAGUCGAACCCUCUUUGUAUCCCACAUGAAACAUUCCAAGGCGUGUUCCUGGCGGAGGCAGUAAUGUUUACACAGAUGAAGGCUUCUGACCUGAUGACCGCGCAGCAUGGAAGAGCGGCGUUGUCCGCUUGUCAGAUGCUGUGGCAUGCAGUCUUGGAAACUUGGGACGCUUCACCUUGGAUCCUGCGUCUGUUCGACCAUCUGGUCGGGCGUCUCGGCCUUCCAAGCGACAGGCAGAACGACCCUAGCUGGGUAGCGACGGCCAUUAACCUCCUCACUGCCUCCGUGGUAAGAGAGGCCAGCAAGGAAAUUCAGACAGGACAUCAUGUCCAACUUGACUGGCCGCUACAUAAUCAAGAGUUCCCCGGGUACAAUCGCAAACCCUUUGAGCACAAGAUCAUCGACCACAAGCCCCUGGGCAUAUGUGGCUUUGAUGACGAAAUCCACAUGAAUACACAGAGCGGCUCGCAGUGGGACGGACUGAAACAUGACGGCUACGGCAAUGGCCGCAAUGUGUUCUACAACGGCCUGACUUAUCAGGAGGCGAGCCGAUCUACCACGAACGGAACACAUAACUGGUGCGAGAGGGGCGGCAUUGUCGGUCGAGGCAUCUUGGUGGAUAUGGUCAGAUUUUACGAGAGGAGAGAUGGGCAAGCCCCGGAUCCGUGGACGCGGUAUGAGAUCCCACUGGAUGACCUCCAGACCGCCCUCAAGGAUCAAGGCACGGUGCCUAGGCAGGGGGACAUCUUCAUGAUUCGUUCAGGCUACGUUAAGCGUCACAAUGAAGCGAGUUCCAAAGAGCGGGAAGCCUGCACGUUCGGUAUAGGUAAACCGGCCAUCGGGGUAGCCGCGGACGAGGAAACUGUUCGGUGGAUGUACGACCAGCACUUUGCGGCCCAUGUUGGCGAUACAGUGGCAUUUGAAGCAUGGCCGCCUUCUCCGGCCAGGGACUACAGCUUCCACAACUGGUCGCUUGUCUGGUGGGGGACACCACUGGGAGAGCUCUGGGACUUGGAAAGUUUGGCAGUAGCUUGCGAACGGCAUGGCCGGUGGUCGUUCUUCUUCACCAGUGCUCCUCUGCACGUCAAGGGCGGAGUGGCGAGUCCCCCAUGCGCGAUUGCUAUAUUCUGA